UCCCCUCUCGUUAAAUUGCGCACUGUGAGAGAGAGAGAGAGAGGGGGGAGAAAAUUGGCAAGGAAAAAAAUAUAAUAAAUCGCAUCCCUCCGUCUCCCCCUCUCUCCGGCUUUCUCUCUCUCUCUCUCUCUCUCUCGCCUCGACGGGCUCAAUUUCAACACAGGGGGGGCCCGUGUCUGGUGAGGUUCUGAGCUCCGAGAUCGGCUGUCGGAGGAUUCAUUUCUAGAGCUCCUUCUUUACCCUGGCGAACAGGAGGAUCGAGAAAAUGGAACACGAUGAGACCGGAUGCCAAGCUGCACCAGAGGGUCCCAUCCUGUGCAUUAACAACUGCGGCUUCUUCGGGAGUCCUGCAACUAUGAACAUGUGUUCCAAGUGCCACAAGGACAUUCUCCUAAAACAGGACCAAGCAAAGCUGGCAGAAUCCUCCAUUGGGAGCCUAGUGAAUGGAUCAUCAAGCAGCAUGGAAACUGAACCUGUUGCUGCUGCAGCUACUGUUGAUGCAGAGGUUGGUCCAGUGGAACCUCCGAUAGUCACCGGACAGCCCGCUGUCCCUUUGAGUUCAAAUGGUAACGUUGAAUCUAAACCCAAGGAGGGCCCUAACCGCUGCACCACCUGCAAGAAACGCGUUGGCCUAACAGGCUUUAGCUGCCGCUGCGGGAACCUCUUCUGCGGCACCCAUCGUUACUCCGACAAACAUGAUUGCCCGUUUGAUUACAGAACUGCUGCCCGUGACGCUAUUGCUAAAGCAAACCCGCUUAUCAAGGCCGAGAAACUCGAUAAGAUAUAAUGAUGGGGAAAAGAAGUCUCAGCAGAUGAGUCUUGAUGCUUUAUUCUCAGUCACGAGGUGGCGACUUCAAGUUGGCUGCUGCAUAAUCUGCGAGGUGGUGGUGUCACUUUUGUGUUAUAUUUGCUGGGAGGCAUAUAAGAAAAAGAUUAGAGCAUCCUUGUGGUGCGAUGAACUCUUUUAUCUUUCCUUGUGAUGGCUCUGGUGUUUUCUCGAGUUCGAGUAUGUGGUGGUUUGAUGGAUAUUGUGAUGAUUAGUAGCUUCGUUAUGUUUCCAUGCUCUGCUUUGAAAGAUGGAUGCUUUUUUCAUUCUAGUGCAUGUCAGAAUGGUAUGUGCUAUCUUGAACCGAAUAGAAGACGAGCUUUAGACAGA